AUUCACCGGUCCCAUCAACCAGAGAGAAUCCUCCCAUGGCAAUAACCCCCACCCCCCCACCGUCUCCAAGUCCAUACUUCAAAAUCACAGGGCUAGGGGAAAAGGGCCUGGGUGCAAUCGCCACGAGCACGAUACCCGCCAACACCCUACUAUUCUCGGAGUCACCCCUACUGAAGGUCCUCCACUCCCCUUCCUCCGGAAUCGACAAGGCCGAGCAGGUAUCCGCGGCGUUCACCGCGCUCCCCGCACAUUCCCAGACCCUCUUCCUCUCCCUCGCCGGUGGUGCGGAAGCGGGAGUUGAGGGUGCGUGGAAGUGCAACAACUUCAUGCUUACCACGGACGGACUCGAGAACGCGGUUUUCGCCCACGCUAGCAGGAUCAAUCACUCUUGCGAUGGGGGUGAGAAUGCGUACUGGAGGUGGGAGGGGGGUAAAGGGAGGAUUGAAUUUUGGAGUGGGAAGAGGGUGGAGGUUUGUUUGUUUGUUCUUAUGAUAUUUUCCCUUCUUUAUUUCUUUCUAGGGUUGUUGCGAUGGAGGGGGGUUGCUGAUGUGGGAGUGCUACUAUGGUAGGAAGGGGAGGAGAUUACCCAUUGCUAUAGACCGGAUUGGAGGAUGGGGACUGGGAAUAGGAGGUUGGCUUUGAUGGGGGAGUAUGGGUUCUUGUGUGGGUGUGUGGUGUGUGAAGCGGGAGUGGAUGAUUUGCUGUAGGAGGGAGUUUGAUGAUGAGGGUAUGUAUAGGGGUUGGGUUCCUUGCUGCUUGGAUAAUGUAGCUUCCCGAGGUUCCGGUGCCGCUGCUUUCUCCUAUUAUAGUAGUGGAUAGUGCCCUCCCCCAUCGGGAUACCCGCAGUAUAAGACGGGGAUCCGGGACUAUAAGAGAUUUACUGUUAUCACUACUCUGCACCCAUACAUUCCAUGAGAUUACCUAUGGGCUUUU